AUGGUUUACAGCGUACGGCGACAGGUGCUUCUCAUUCUAGCAUGUGUUGCCUGGAUCGAGUUUGCUAUUCGAUAUUCGCCUCAAAUUGAAAGAUUUGCCCAUAAUGCUCUCGCAUUCAGAGCGACUACGACUCACGAAAUUGCACCAUUGAUCUAUGGACCAAAGGAACAUGCUCGUCUCCUACAAACACUUGACCGAUCCAGCGGGAAAUGGGACUCUUCUCACCCACGACAUAGAUUGCUAGCUGCGUUGUAUGGAUUCGCGCGUUACGAAGAUGGCAGUCAAUCCGAUAUCAACCGAUGGAAAGAUUUGUACAAAAAGGUACCCAAACGCCAAAGAUUGCUCCUCGAGUCAAGCGUCAACUACCCACAUAAGCUAGAGAGCGUUGAAAAGUUGCUGAAAGUAAAUGUGAAUCUUGCUAGAUCUAUCGCUGAUCACGGUUUGCGCUUUUACAAUAUCACUCAGCUCGAGCUAGAUGAUUUCAUCAAUGAAGCGGAGACGCAAGGCAAACCUAUCGAUAAGACCAGCGUCACACAGGGAAUGAAACACUUCGUCCGUGAUUGGUCUACAGAAGGCAAAGACGAGCGAAAACAGUCCUUUCAAACGAUUCUGGACUCACUCAACCGACAACCGAGGACAACGCAUGAUCCAUUGCGCGUGCUACUCCCCGGAGCAGGGUUAGGCAGGUUGGCGCACGAAAUUCACAACUUGGGAGGAUACCAAGUCACGACGAACGAAUGGUCGGCCUAUAUGAAUUUGGCCUAUCGAUACCUAUCGAGUCAAACGGAGCAUAACAGCUUGUCAUUACACCCGUACAUAGACUGGUGGUCUCACCAUGCUACGAACGCGGAUUUUCAACGAUCUGUCACAUUCCCGGACCAAGUCGCCGACCCUUCAUCUGUUUUGCAUGUAGAAGGGGAUUUUACUACGGCUUUCAGUGGGUCUACGGGCCAAUACGAUGUUCUGGUGACUCUAUUUUUUAUCGACACAGCACGGAACCUGAUCUCAUACAUUGAGAAUAUCCACCGAUUACUUCGCCCUGGAGGUCUAUGGAUCAACUUGGGGCCUCUUAUGUACGGAACAGGUCCAUUUGUCCAACUCACAGUUGAUGAGAUUGUGGCCUUGAGCACCAGGGUUGGAUUUGAAUUCCGCGAAACCGAUGCCAAUUAUGGCAAUACGACAAUCCCUGGUCUGACUGUUCGAGGCUCAGAGAUCAGCUAUGGGCGAAAUCCAGAAGGAUUGAACAAGAACGCUUUCCAGGCUCAGUAUUGGGAGGCAGUGAGAGUUUAA